AUGGGAUUCUUGGGUAGUGGUGGCUGUGGAUCGGUUCUGGAGAUGGAGCUCAUGGCUAUCUUCCACGGGUUGAGGGUGACUUGGGACAAGGGGUUCCGUCGAGUGCUUUGCUCGUCGGACUCUUUGCUUGCAGUGUCCUUGAUUCGGAACCCUCCUUCGAGUUUUCAUGUGCAUGCAGUGAUCAUUGCCUGCAUCCGUGCCAUGUUGAGUCGCCCGUGGAUGGUUCGCCUUGAACAUACUCUCCGGGAAGGGAACGCUUGUGUAGACUACAUGGCUAAAGCAGGAGCUUUGCAGGAUCAUCGUUUUGCUUUGGUUCAAGAGCCUCCGCCGGACUUGGUCUUGCUUCUGUUAGCCGAUGCGAGAGGCAUUUCGUUUAUUAGGCGCUAG